ACCAAAUGGACAAAACUUAUUCUGGACUGAAACCAUUUUCUACAUUUUUCAACUAUCUCUUGAGCUAAAUAAGCGCCUGGUAUGCAGCUCUGAUAUUACCGAUAAAAAAAAAACUUCUGAAUCAAAUUCUCCCCACUGCCACCCCCAGGGGAUGAAGUCAAUCGGUUAACCACCAUCUCUCUUGUUGAUGAAGCGGGGACGCCAUGAUGGAUUCGCAGGGGCUAGCAUCUUCCAAGGGGCUCCCAGACUUGAGUACAGGGGCUAAUGAUGAUCCAGCACGGAAUUCGAGUGAUACAGAUUCUGAACUUCUGAAAGACAAGGAAGUGAGUGAAAGAGACAACAAGAACCAUUCAUCUCAUAGUCUAAGCCAGAUUGAAUCAUCAUCUGCGAGUAUUCUUCAAAAUGAGCUUUCUGUUCCAACAACAGAUACUGGCUCAAGAGACAAUAAAUAUGAGAAAUAUCUGUCCAAUGUGUCUACAGAGUCCUGUGAGAGGGAUCAGGUGCACUCAGUACAAGAUUGUUUUAUGGUGGACAGUAACAUGGAAGAGCAACUGUCAUCUCACUUUCCCCAUGGGAACACUGUGAACUCUGAAGAGGAAAUGGAGAUCACAUUCCAACCCUCUGUGUAUGGGGAAAUUGGAGACAAAGAUAUUAAUUCCUUUCCUAAUGAAGGUGGAGUAAAUCACUUGGAAGAAGGACAGCUUCACCAUGACAGAAUCAAGUCAGAUUAUAACCUGAUCAGUGUUGAUGACAGAGUCGUUCCUCUAGCAUUGGAUCCAUUAGGUUCACCUAACAAUGAGUCUGAUCUUGUUCAGUGCUCAUCAACAGCAUUACAGAGUGAUAAUCAACAACUUGAUGCUGAAGAGGCAUCUUCUUCAUUAAAUACAUCAGUGCAGAACUCUGAUAUAGGCAAAGAAUCCCAUGAUAUUGCCUUAAAGGAAGCACAACAUGAAAACCAAGAUCAAACAACCUCUGAAGUUCCCUUAGAGAAUGCUACCUUACUGCAAGAACAAAACAAAAAUAACCUGAGGGAGAUCACAAUUCAAGUUUACCCAGGACAUAACUCUACUAUAUCUCUAGUGAACAAUGCAAUCCUUACCACUGAUGUUGGUACCUUUUCAACACAUGUGCCUGCAAUCCUAACAGAAGGUGAUGCUGAAGAUAGUGAAACCCAUUAUCAAGUUGUUACGACCAGUUCUGCAAUGCUUAACCAGGCAGAUGGGAACUCUGCACUUGAUGUGUUGACAUCAUCAGCAGACUUUGGUAGGAAUGUCAUUCUGACAGAACAGCAGCAGGUUCUGCUGAGUGGAAUGCUUGUGCCUGGAGUCACAGCAAACCAAGCAAUUCAGAUAAACAUGUCACAUGAUGCUAAUACAUGUAUUGAUGUGAAUGAAAUUGCCCAGGACAAUCAGGAGGAUGAGUGUGUUGAUGGGAAGGGGCACCUUUGUCCUCAUCCUGGCUGUAAUAAAGUCUGUGCCAAAGCUUACAAACUGAAGCUGCAUAUGCUGUCGCAUACAGGGGAAAGGCCCUACAAGUGUCCUCAUGAAGGAUGUGAGUGGGCAUUUACCACAGCAUACAAAUUAAAAAGGCAUGCCAGGGGCCAUACUGGAGAAAAACCUUUCCUGUGUACUCAUGAAGGAUGUGGAAAAUGCUUUACCACUGCUUACAACUUAAAAACACAUAUGAGGGCGCACUGCAGGACAGACACAUUCAUGUGUGGUUUUGAAGGAUGUGAAAAGACGUUUCCAACGGAGCACAAGCUAAAAGUACAUGAAAGGAAACAUGCCGCCGAAUACAAACCUUACAGGUGUGAGGUGGAAUCAUGUGGCAAGAUGUUCGCUGCUUUUAGUGCUUUGACCUCACACAUGAGAAUUCACACAGGCGAAAAAUCUCAUGGAUGUCCUGUAGAGGGAUGCGAGAAAAGAUUUACUAAAGCAUCCAAGUUAAAGUUACACUUGAGGUCACACACAGGAGAGAGACCCUUUCCUUGUGAAGUUCAGGGUUGUGGCUGGUCAUUCACAAGUGCCUACAAACUCAAGAGACAUAUGCGCAAACAUACUGGGGAGAGACCUUUUGUGUGCAAUUAUGAAGGAUGUGGUAAAUCUUUCACAAGAUCAAGUCAUCUGAAGACUCACAAGCUUGUUCAUACAGGAGAAAAACCUUACAUUUGCCCGUUUGAUGGAUGCAGCAAGGCGUUCACAGCUAGCAGCAGCCUGAAUGUGCAUAUUUGUAAACACACUGGCCAAAAGCCGUUCAAAUGUAACACAGAAGGCUGCAGUAAGACAUACACAACGGCUGCUAACUUAAGAGCGCACCAGAAACGGCAUGGAAACAAGGCACUAAGAGUUGAUUUCACAGACUCGUCUCAGGGUGCUUUGGCAGCUGAUCUCAGUGCAGUUAGCUGUGGAAGCAUUUCGAGUGAAACCGAACCAGAAGUCUUGUAUACUACAAUCGGCGCUUUUCAUUCAAGUAAUUUUAGCUUAGAGGAUGCCACGAGACUUUCAUCUGUAGGUGUCCAUUUACCAUCGAGCGCCCUGUGUGCCCUGGUUACUUCCUCAGGGCACCCACUCGUCUCACCUACCACCGAAGUAGUCCUGGAAACUGAGAAGAAGCAUGCAGAUGACGGAGAGAUAAAAACAAUUUCAGGAAUCCAAGUACCCGUUCAACAAGAGCAGUUUGUUACUGAGGGUUUAGAGAGCACCUCCAAGAUAGAUGUGUCUGAGUUUGUGGGAAGAAGCACAAAUGAUGAUCAAGACUCUAUUUCUCAUCAUCCUGUCCAAGCAAGAGCUGAAAUGAUUGGAGGAACAGUUUUGGAAGGAAACAAGCUCACUGGCGGUUUUGACUUGUGUAUAACCAGCAUGAUGAGUCAUAUAACGAGUGAGGCAGGUCAGGAAGGAUCAGGAACUACCACAAAAACUUUACAUGCUAGUGCCUCUAGUAAAAGAUCGCGAAGUCUUGAUUUCAGAGAUGUGCACCCGGAGGACCAGUUUGCCCCACCUGCUGUUAUAUUUCAGGAUGAAGUCAAGUCUUCAGACACCGAGAAUGAAGCUGAGGUAUUAGUGGCCCAAAUCCAACGAUCCCCGGAGGGUGUUUCCACAGUACGACUCCCUAAGGAGUCGCUGCAGAUCAAUUUACCCCAGGGGUUAAUAACUGACCCGGCGGCGGUAACUAUGGUUCAUAUGUCUGGUACAGAACACAUGGAGGUAGACGGCAAUGAUACCACAUCUCAUGUAACAGCACACGAUGUGUCCUCGGAUAUUUCUCUAGUACCCAUUUCUUCUCUCACAGAUGUAGCUGAUGAAAGAAGAAGUCUUGGAAAAGGGGACCUGUCCCCUUAUUUGGACAACCACAGCUCGUCAGAACAAGAUGAAGGCAACGGUGAUACUUACCCAGAAAGUACAAUUAACUUACAAGAUCUGCGUUGAUAAAGAAGGAGGAAAAUGUGAAAGAAAAGCAGCAUCUAAUUAAACUAA